AUGGAAGAAGAUAAUGAACAUUUUGAUGAAAAAGAAACAACUCUUGACAAAAAGAAAAAUAAAAAAAAUAUAAAUGGAAAUGUAAAAUCUCAAAUUAAUGAUGAUAAUAGUGAAAGUGAUGAAAAUAAUUCUAAUACAGAAGAAGAAUCUUUAUUGAAAAAUGAUAAAAGACGAAAACAAAAUGCAAAGGAAAAAGGAAAUAAAAGUAAUAUAACGAGAAGGGGCCGAAGGAAAGGGGAAGAGAGCGAAAAAGAGAAAGAGAAAGAUACCGACAAAGAUGAAAACAGUAAUAGUAGUGAAGAUGAAGUACCACAAAAAAAUAAAAAUAAAAAUAAAAAUAAAACCGAGUUAGAAGAAAACGAUAGCAAACAUUUUUCGGAGCAUUCAGAACAAGGCGACCAAGAAGAGGAACAAAGUGACAAUGAUGAAAACGAAAAAAGAAAAAAAGAAAAAUAUAAAAAUAUAAAGCACUAUAAUGAUGAAGGGAAUAGUAACUCAAAUAGAGACAAAAGUUCUGAUUCAGAAAGCGAUCAAGAUGAAAGAAAUAGAAAAAGGGAAGAGAAAUCAGAAAGUUAUAAAAAAGAUUAUCAUAAAAAAAGGAGAAGGAAAUCUCAUUCAAGUAAUGAUACCGAUUCAAGUGAUGAUGAUGAUGAUGAAAAACGGUCACAUAAGUCCAGAAGUGUCAAAAAAAGAAGGCAUGAAAGGCGAGAAAGGAGGAGACACAGAGACAGAAGUAGAGGCAGAAGCAGAGACAGAAGCAGAGGCAGAAGCAGAGACAGAAGCAGAGACAGAGAUAGAGAGCGAAACAGAUACAGAGAUAGAGAUCGUGAGAGGAGGCGAGAAAGGGAAAGAGAAAGAAUGCGAAAAGAAAGAGAAAGAGAAAUUGAAAGAGAAAAAAGAAGAGAAGAAAGACGUAAAAAAGAAGAAUUAGAAGAAGCAAAAAGAGAUGAUUUAACAGUAUUAGUAUUAAAUUUAGAUUUAAAAGCAGAUGAAAGAGAUAUAUAUGAAUUUUUUUCAGAAGUUGCUGGAAAAGUUCGUGAUAUACAAUGUAUAAAAGAUCAAAGAUCUGGAAAAUCAAAAGGUGUAGCAUAUGUAGAAUUUUAUACACAAGAUUCUGUUAUAAAAGCAUUAUCAGUUAAUGGCUAUAUGUUAAAAAAUAGACCAAUUAAGGUUCAAUCAUCUCAGGCCGAAAAAAAUAGAGCAGCGAAAGCUACUAAACAUCAUCCAAUUGAUCCUAAUGAUAUUCCAUUAAAAUUAUAUAUAGGAGGAUUAUUAGGUCCUUUAAGUAAUAUAACAGAACAAGAAUUGAAACAAUUAUUUAAUCCUUUUGGAGAUAUAUUAGAUGUAGAAAUACAUAGGGAUCCAUAUACUGGUAAAUCAAAAGGUUUUGGGUUCAUACAAUUUCAUAAAGCUUCAGAAGCUAUUGAAGCUAUGACUGUAAUGAAUGGAAUGGAAGUUGCUGGUCGAGAAAUAAAAGUUAGUUAUGCUCAAGAUUCAAAAUAUCUAUUAGCAAGCGAUGCAUUAAAAGAUUUGAAUAUUCCAAAUUUGAAUCAAAUAAAAGCAGCAACACAAGGGGGACAAAAAUCUACAAAUAAAGAAGAGGAACAAGAUAAUGAAAAAAUUGAUAAUGAUGAUGAUGAUGGUGGUGGACUAAUAACUGGGGCAAGUAGCAAAAUUGCUUUAAUGCAAAAAUUGCAAAGAGAUACAAUAAUUGAUGCUUCGAUUCCAAAUACAUAUGCUACUGGAACCAAUGCUAUGGCAAGAAAUUCGUUAAAUAAUGUAUCGAACCCUUUAAACAAUAUAACACCAAAUAUUGUUUUAUGUAAUAUGUUUUCACCAAAUGAUAGUAGCAUUGGUUCAGAUCCUGAUUUUUUUAGUGACAUAAUUGAAGAUGUAAGGGAAGAAUGUAGUAAAUAUGGUAAUAUUAUUAAAAUAUGGUUAAAUAGUAAAAAUAUAGAUGGUAAAAUUUAUAUUAAAUAUACCAAAAAUGAUGAAUCAUUAAAAGCUUUUCAAUGCUUAAAUGGCAGAUAUUUUGGAGGUUCACUCAUAAAUGCCUAUUUUAUUAGUAAUGCUAUAUGGGAAUCCACAUGUUGUUAA